AUAUGUAGUUACAUGUACUUAUUAACGGUACAUAUGUGGUUUGACCCAGAUAUAUCUAUAUACUUUAUUCCCUAAAAACUGAGUACAAGUAUAUACUCAAGCUAAGUGCAUAUGUGUUUGUUUUUUGUUGAAAAAGAAUUGUUAAUGGAUGAAAGGAUAUAUCAGUAAGAUGAUUUAUUGGUGGCUGUUUGAGUCCAGCAAUGUCAGAAAGACAACAGCUCAUGCAGUGACUUAAAAAAUCAAAAGACCAAUUUUAUUUUUUCCAUUCUUUUUUCCAGAUUGUCUGCAUGAUACAUAGUGAAGAUGGGAGAUAUCUGGGUAACUGCUGGAAUAACAGUUCUUAAAUUGAUCACCUUUGUUUAUGAUGUGAUAUCCUUUGUUCCCUAUUACAUAAUCUACAGGCCUGAUCUAAGGGUAAAACAGUGUCACCGAUUAAAGGCCAAGUCUGUUGGUGAUAAAAGUGGUCCAUACAGAGCUGUGGAAAGUCUUGGUGGGUUAUCAACACAGCUACAUGAAUGUGAUACACUAGAUGACUUAUUUUCUAAUGCUGUCCAGUUAUACUCCACAAGGAAAUGUUUAGGAUACAGGGAAAUACUAAGAGAGGAAGAUGAGAAGCAACCUAAUGGCAGAGUGUUCAAAAAGGUUAUGCUUGGUGAUUAUAAUUGGUUGACAUAUGAGGAUGUUUUUACCAGAGCCACCAAUUUUGGAAGUGGGUUACUUGCCCUUGGGAAGACUCCCCGACAGAAUAUUUUGAUCUUUGCUGAAACAAGCCCAUAUUGGAUGAUAGCAGCUCAGGCUUGCUUCAAGUAUAAUUUCCCAGUGGUAACUUUGUAUGCUACAUUAGGACCAGAUGCAAUUGUACAUGGAGUGAAUGAGGCUGACGUAUCAUAUAUCAUCACCAGUGCUCAACUGCUCCCUAAAUUUAAAGGUUUAAUGGACAGAAUGCCUAAAGUGACACAUAUUAUAUACAUACCUACACAGAGACCCCACCAACAGGACAAAGAUAUACCUAAACAUGUUAAGCUCUUGUCCAUGGAUGAAGUAGAAAGUAUUGGUGCUGUACCUGAUAAUUUGAAAACACCAUUAACUAAGCCUAAACGUAAAGAUAUAGCAGUUAUAAUGUAUACCAGUGGUUCUACAGGUGUACCUAAAGGUGUAUUGAUAACUCAUGGGAAUUUGUCAUCAGGAAUGUCUGGACAAUGUGAGAACAUCCUUGGAUUAGGAACUGAUGAUGUUUACAUUGCAUAUCUUCCAUUGGCCCAUGUUUUAGAGCUUAGUGCAGAAAUAUCAUGUUUGUCUAAAGGUGUUUGUAUUGGUUAUGGUUCACCGCUGACACUUACUGAUAAGUCCAGUAAAAUAAAGAAAGGUAGUCAAGGAGAUGUUACAGCCUUAAAACCAACAUUGAUGGCUUCAGUUCCUCAAAUUAUGGACAGAUUAUAUAAGGGAGUGUGGGAGAAGGUUACAGAAGAUGGAGAAUUCUCCAAAGCCUUAUUUAAAUAUGCCUGUGAUUACAAAACAAGAAGACUAGUUGAUGGGUAUAGCACACCAUUAUUAGAUAAGAUACUUUUCCAGAAAAUUAGGAAUUUACUUGGAGGAAGAAUAAGAAUGAUGUUGAGUGGUGGUGCUCCACUAUCGGAGAAGUCACAGAUAUUCAUGAAUGUCUGUUUUUGUUGUCCAGUAUUACAAGGUUAUGGUCUUACAGAGACGUGUGGAGCAGGAACUAUUACAGAAGUGGCAGACUUUUCUACAGGAAGAGUUGGAGCCCCAUUGAUUUGUACUGAGCUAAGACUUAGAGACUGGAUAGAAGGCAAUUACAGAUCAACAGACACACCUUGCCCAAGAGGAGAAAUAUUGCUAGGAGGUGGUAACAUUGUACAAGGUUACUACAAAAUGGAAGAGAAGACAAAAGAGGAUUUUAUAGAGAUAGAGGGAGUAAGAUAUUUUUGUACUGGUGAUAUCGGACAAGUCGAAGAAGAUGGUUGUGUUGCCAUUAUAGAUAGGAAGAAAGAUCUAAUAAAGUUACAGUCGGGAGAAUAUAUAGCCCUGGGUCAAGUAGAGACAACAUUAAAGAUGUGUACCAUAGUGGAACAGAUUUGUGUAUAUGGGUCAUCACAUCAUGAUUUCACCAUAGCUUUUGUUGUACCAUCAGCCAGACCAUUGAAGGAAUUAGCUGAAUCCAUGAGCCUUGAAGGAGAUAUAGCUGAUCUUUGUAAAAAUAAGCUAAUUGAGAAGGAAAUUAUCAAAAGGAUAACAGAGUAUGGAAUCAAAGCCAAGCUUGAUAAAUUUAGCAUCCCCAGAAAGAUUUUAUUGUGUCCUGAAGUAUGGAUGCCAGAUUCUGGACUAGUUACUGAUUCCAUGAAGUUUAAAAGAAAAAGUAUUGAAGCUGAAUUUAAAGAGGAGAUCAACAGAAUGUAUGACUGUUAAACCACUAUACUAUAUGUGUGCAAAAAUUGCAGUGUUGUCCAUAAUUUUGUGUUGGAUGGAUUUUUUGCUUGAUAGAAACUUUUAUAAACAUUACAAGCACAAUAAAAAGGAACUGGUUUGAUGAUUUUGAAGUCACUGAGCUUUAAAAUCUGUCAUGUUGUGAAUGUCUUCAUCAUGUAAUGGCCUGUUGUUUAAGGGCAUACGAUAUAGAUUUGAUUUCACAGUGAUUUUUUUAUAAAAUGAUGCAUACAAGCUAUAUUUUCCCUAGUCAAUUCAAAUAUGUAAAUAAAAUAUACCUUCAUGUGCUACUUUUAGAGAUAAAUGGGAUGUGAAUUUUAGACAUUUACUCUAAAUUGCGGUUUCUUCAACAUUUCUAUCCUCUGGUACCUGACUUUUUGUUUCGAAAGAUAAACACAAGUGGAUUUUUUUUGUAAGGCAUUUGGAAAAUCUUCUUUACAUAAAUAAGUUUCUAAAUUAGUGUAACAUUUCUUUGGAAAUAACUUAUUUUUAUCAAAGUAUUCAUGAUUUUAGAGGACAAAAAAAACCACAUUUUUUGUUGUAUUAUUAUCUAAUUCAAAAAAAUUUCAUCUGUAAUUUGUUCAUAAAAAUUGGUACAAAUAAUCUUCAUACAUAAUCAAACCAAAUGUCAUUUUAAAAAAGAGGGGUCAAUGUACUUGUUUGCAAGCUAAAGAUUAAAUCAGUCGAAAAAUGCAUCUUUUCCCAAUAUGUCACAGUUUGAGUCACUUUGCAAAAAAUAACAUUUUAAGUAAGCAACGUCAUUACCUCCCCUGUAACUGUAUUGUAUGCCCUUAAAAGAACCAUGUCCUUGAAAUUGAUAUUGCAUAAAGUCACCUGCUACAUAAAAAUAUAUAUCAAACACAGAACAGUGUCUAUGUCUGCCUUAAGUCAUUGCUAGCUAUAGUAUAACAAUAUAUUAUGUAUUGAUGUCAUUGUUAAUCAAGAUAUUAGAACUUGUAGUAAUAUGCUACAUAUAGUUGAGAAAUAAUCUUUAACUACAAUCGUUAUCAUCUGUACAUAUUACGAUUAUAGGGUGGGUAAUGACAUGCUAGUGGAUUAUCAGAGCGCCAAGGGUUCUAUCCAAUCAAAAUGCUAUUGCUUUUUUAAGGGAUGAAUUAGUUAAUUAUUGUAAAUUAACAAUUUAUGAUGUAACUGUGUAAUUUUUUUUUCAACUAAGUUUCUUUGGGCAAAGUUAGCCUCUCAAACAUUUGGCAUGUAGGUACCUCAUGGGGUUUCCAUAUGCCAUGUAUACUAAAAUCAAUAUAACAUGUUCAUGGGGAUUAACAUUUGUUUCCCUGAAAUCUUUAAAAGCAAAACACUUGAAAAUGCAUAUAUUAGAUGCAGAAAUUCAUAGAUAAAUUGUAUACUUUUCUGUAAACUUUGCAUCUAGAACUUAUUAAAAAUUGAUAUAAAUAUUAAUAAAUUAUUGACUUACAUCUGUUCUAGUGCCAUAGAACAAGUGAUUUGUAUUCAUUUGAAAUAGAUGCAUAUUUAAUCUUUAUCUAAAUGUACGACUUCCAAGAUUAUAUUAACCUCUUGCCAUUGAUGUUUUACAUGUAUAAACACUUGUUAUAGUUUCAAGAUUCCAGUUGUUGAUAUUUUUAUUAUUGUCAGAUGGCUUUUUCAUUUAUUAUAGAAUAAAGGUUGGCAUCUCAGAUAAAUAUUAUAGGCAUUGCCAUUGGUGAUAUUCUGCCAUAAGAAAUGUAUUUUUUUGUAUGAUGAAGUAAAACAAAAAGUGCCCUUUGACAAUCCAUAUUUUUAUUUCUGAACAGACUUAAGUUCUUUUGUUAUCUAAAUUUUUCACAGACUAAAAGGACUACCAGCAACUGAAGUUGUUUGUGCCAAAAAGAAAUAAAGGGGUGAUAUACCAUAAUAUCCUAAAUGUUUGAGAUAGUUUUGAUAACACAAGUCAGAUUGUAGACAUUUUACAAAGUUAUAAUAAUAUGUUGAUUCUAAAGUUUACAGAAGUCAGAUCCAAAGUAAAGAAACAACACUUUAUUGCUGUUUUUCAUCUAAAAGUCACAGUAAAUAUAAAAAAGAAGAUGUGGUAUGAUUGCCAACGAGACAACUCUCCACAAGAGACCAAAUGACACAGAAAAUAACAACUAUAGGUCACCGUACAGCCUUUAACAAUGAGCAAAGCCCAUACCGCACAGUCAGCUAUAAAAGGCCCCGAAAUGAACAAUUCAAACGAGAAAACUAAUGGCCUAAUUUAUGUACAAAAAAAAUGAACGAAGCUGUUUAGUAUGAAACAAACUGAAGUUCAAGAUGAUCUCUAGCACUCAUUUGAGCAGAAUUCUUUUCUACAUGUAAAGGGGUCAACCUUUAAAGGCUGUUAAUGAAAAAAUAUAAAGGACUAAAUCUCAGAAUGUUAUAGAUCUGUCUUCCAAUAUAUGUUUUCCAGUAUGCUAUUGAUAAUUCAUACACUCAAUACAUUUCAUUAUUAAUAAAUCUUUAUUUUAUUUUAUUUUUACAGUAUCUUAUAACUUGACUUGAAAUAUUUCUUUAAAUGAUAAAAUUUUGGUUACUAGUAUAAUAUAUAUUGUUCUAAAAAAUUAGUGCAAAACAUUAACAUUAAUUAUCAUUACAAAAUGACAAGCAUCUGUCAUGGCUGUGUUCAAUUUUUUUUUUAUAGUUUGCAAUUAUGAAAAAAAAUAUAUUUCAAAAGUCUUUGGUUUUUUGGGACCUUGGGUGAAUAAAGUGAUAAAAACCUAUACCCAAUAUGGAACUAAAAAAGCUAAAUAAACUUAAGCAUAAUUAAGUAAAAAAUGUACUACUUUAAUGUUUUAUUACUGUUAUUUAUUCCUAUUUUGUCUUUUUUCUUUCCUUAUUUUUUAUGUUAAAAAUUAUAUUUUUGUUAAGUUUACACAAUUUUCUUUAUUUCUCUCCUUUGUUAUAUUAUUUUUUAUUAAACCAUUUUGCAUUCUUACUUGUUGUUUUAUACAUUAAAAAAGUCUAAAAUUAUUUUAACACAUAUGUAUUCCUAUUUUUUUAGCAUAUAAGAUAACAGAUUUUUUCCUCAGACUUCUGUCUAUAUUUUAUAUAUAUGGAAUUGAUUUAACUCUUUUUUUAUGUCUUAUAGAACUAGGACAUAUAAGUCCCACCUCUUCUCCCUACCAUUUUAGAAAAGAGAAGUCAAUUCUCCCUCAGAUUCUGAAGUAGUGCAAGCCCAAAUAUGUUAAUUAAAAUCUCAUCAGAAAAUCUAGCAUCAGUUAAAUUUAUUCAGCAAUUGAUCUAUUUGAGUGUGUAAUUAGGAUAUUAAAUUAAAGAGAACUUGUUUUAGUUGGCUGAACCAUGAAUCCUUUAGCUAUAUAGAUCAAACCUGUAAAAACAAUUUCUUGCACCUUUUUGUAGAUACCUUUGGGGAUCCAAGUUGCCAGCCCUCCCCUUUUUGUGUUAAGUGAAUGAUUCUGAUUAUUUGGCUACCAGUUUCUUAUUUUUCAGUGGUACCCUACAGGCUUCCAUUUAUGAAAAUCCUGUAAUUGCCAAGAUCUAAAUUGCUCAAGUUGUGAAUGAAUUCAUUUGAGAAUUAUUCUGUUGUUACAUUUUUUGUGAUCCUAUAUUUUUUAGCAUAUCAGGAAAUAAACAAAGAUGAAAUAUUUGCAUCAUAAUAUGAUAUUGUGUUCCUGUUAAACAAAUAACAACAAUCAAAUUAAAGUAAACUGGUCUGAGAAAUUUUUUUUUGUAGUCAAGCAGCUUCAUUGAUUUAUGUACACCUGAGAGCUAUAUUUUUGCCAUAUUUGUAGAAUUUGUAGCAUAAUAAAUGUUUAUCAAGUGGAA